GCCAGACGAGAGUGUGUUACGGAAACAAGCCUUGGAAGAAUUCUGAUUGGAGCUUACUGUGUUUUGGAUGUGUAGAUUUUAAGAAUAGCCUAGCCCAACACAUUUCACAAAUUCAACCCUUCAGAUUUAAAUCUUAAGUAGAGAGUCUAGAUCUUGUGUGUUUUCUAUAUUUUUGCGGAUUAUAUUAAUCAAAAUUUAAGAAAUGGCAUUAGGCAGUUGCUACACAUGCAUCAAGUAUUUGAUGUUCGCUUUUAAUUUCUUAUUUUGGCUGCUGGGAUGUGCAAUACUGGGGGUGGGGAUAUGGCUGAGGGUGGACCAGAACGCUGCAGAGUUCCUGAAGGACUCACCCAAGCUGGAGAUCAUCCACACGGCUGCCUACGUCCUCAUAGCCAUUGGCUUUCUCAUCAUGGUCAUUGGUUUCCUGGGCUGUUGUGGUGCCAUAAGGGAAAACCAAUGUUUGCUGGCCACUUUUUUCCUCUUCCUUUUCAUCAUCUUCGCCACUUUGCUGGGUUUUGGCAUUUGGGCAGCUGUGGCCAGGCAAAAUUUCAAGGACAUAACAGCUGAUAUGCUGAAAGAGGGGGUUGAAAAAUAUUAUGAAGAUUCUAACCAGAAGGCUUUUAUGGACACCAUCCAAACAUCACUGAACUGCUGUGGCCACACAGCUGGUAACAUUGACUACAACGUUGUGUCUGGGGUCCCCCAAAGCUGUUUACCAGACAACUACGACAAGCCUUGCAAUGAUGCAUUGUACAGUUGGCUCGAAUCUCGGCUGAUAAUUAUUGCUGGAAUAGCUAUUGGUAUAGCUGUUGUCAUGAUCCUGGGAAUGAUCUUCUCCAUGGUGUUGUGUUGUGCCAUCAGGGACACUGUAGCUUAAAUGCCACCAGGAGAUGGAGGAUGGGAAACAGUCUUUAGGGGGAGGAAAUCAAAAUUCAGUCCAUUGUUUACUCUCCUCAUUCAUUAGAAGUUUGAUUCUUUCUGUCAGCUGUCAAUUAGACUUAUAUGAACUUUGUAAAGUUGUUUGAUUCUUUCUGUCAGCUGUCAAUUAGACUUAUAUGAACUUUGUAAAGUUGACCUGUAUGUAAAGGUAUGAGUUGUAAACUUGACCUGUACUUUUUUAUUGCUGAACAAAUUUUUCUAUGUCCUACAUUGAUUUAUUUUGACUGAAUUUUUUUGUAGUCUUAUCAUGUCCCUCGCUAAUUAGGGAAAGCUGUUCACACUUAAUUACACACACUAAUUAAAGUAACAUCAUUUAUUUCCUCAUGUUUUUUUAUUGGGUCAACUGAUGUGCCUUUUUAUUUCCAGUUUUUGAAGGUCUAUAAAAUCAAGAAAUAUUUUUCUAUAUACUUUACUGGAAGAUUUUUUUACGUGAGAAUCUUUUUCUUGGGCAACUUACACAAUCUACCACAUUUAUUUGAUCGUAACUCAUCUUCACUGGGGCACCAGGUCUAGCCUUCACUCACAAACACCAUGAUCUAACCUGACUAGCACCAUGAUCUAGACAAACCUGACUAGCACCAUGAUCUAGACCAGGGGUCUCCAAACUACGGCCCGUGGGCCGUAUGCGGCCCGCGAGGUCCUCUCAUCCGGCCCUCGGAGAUAUUUUUGUCCACGGAAAAAAAAUGUUUGUUGUAGGUGGCUUUGGAAAAAUGCCACCCCAAUGCUAUACCUGGAAGAAACUCUGGCCCCCGAACUUAUAUUUGAUAGUUAAUGCGGCCCUCGGGCUGAAAAGUUUGGAGACCCCUGAUCUAGACAAACCAGACUAGCACCAUGAUCUAGACAAACCUGACUAGCACCAUGAUCUAGACAAACCAGACUAGCACCAUGAUCUAGACAAACCUGACUAGCACCAUGAUCUAGACAAACCAGACUAGCACCAUGAUCUAGACAAACCUGACUAGCACCAUGAUCUAAACAAACCUGACUAGCACCAUGAUCUAGACAAACCUGACUAGCACCAUGAUCUAGACAAACCUGACUAGCACCAUGAUCUAGACAAACCUCACUAGCACCAUGAUCUAGACAAACCUCACUAGCACCAUGAUCUAACCAGACUAGCACCAUGAUCUAACCAGACUAGCACCAUGAUCUAGACAAACCAGACUAGCACCAUGAUCUAGACAAACCUGACUAGCACCAUGAUCUAGACAAACCAGACUAGCACCAUGAUCUAGACAAACCAGACUAGCACCAUGAUCUAGACAAACCAGACUAGCACCAUGAUCUAGACAAACCAGACUAGCACCAUGAUCUAGACAAACCUGACUAGCACCAUGAUCUAGACAAACCAGACUAGCACCAUGAUCUAGACAAACCAGACUAGCACCAUGAUCUAGACAAACCAGACUAGCACCAUGAUCUAGACAAACCAGACUAGCACCAUGAUCUAGACAAAC